CUGCGCGGUUCGGACAGGAAGUUCCCGCAGCCUUUCGACCAGCUGAUAGAUCAACAAACUGAGAACCGGAGAACCGGAGAACCGGAUCGCCGACAGUCAGCGGCCUACGGUUCCGCCCAGCAGAGCGCGGAGGCCCGGACAGUGUUUGGAAGUGACCAGAGUAGGAGAUCCACAGACUUCGUCCGGUGUUUGGGUCGCUGUGGUCAGAGACGCCGCCUCGAAGGACCCCAACCCCACGCCCCCCACCACCCUUCCUCCAAUAUGAGCUCCCGUGCGAGCGGCAGGGCCAAUGGGAGUCUGCCUCAGACCAAAAUCUGCCAGUUCAAGCUGGUUCUGCUGGGCGACAUGGCGGUGGGCAAGUCCAGCCUGGUCCUGCGCUUCGUCAAGGGCCAGUUCGACGAGUUUCAGGAGACCACCAUCGGAGCUGCCUUCUUGGCUCAGUCUGUUUGCCUGGAUGACACCACGGUGAAGUUUGAGAUUUGGGACACGGCCGGGCAGGAACGUUACCACAGCCUCGCCCCGAUGUACUACCGCGGUGCGCAGGCGGCCAUCGUAGUGUUCGACAUAACGAAGCCGGAGACGUUUGAGCGAGCGAAAGCCUGGGUGAAGGAGCUGCAGAGGCAGGCGAGUCCCAACAUCGUCAUCGCCCUGGCAGGGAACAAGGCUGACCUGGCUGAUAAGAGACUGGUGGAGUACGAGGAGGCUCAGACGUAUGCUGAAGACACAGGCCUGCUGUUCAUGGAGACCUCCGCCAAGACCGCCAUGAACGUCAACGAGUUAUUCCUGGCCAUUGCGAAGAAGAUGCCAAAAACAGACACCCAGAACCCCACGCACGCCGCCCGACACCGGGGGGUCAACCUGCAGGACCCUGACGCCCAGUCCGCUCGAAGCUGCUGUGGGAACUAACCUCCCGUCUACACCCCGUCAUCUACAUCAAUGACAACAAGGGAGUCCACCAACGCCCUGUCCUCCCCAACCCCAUGCCCACCCCCCACCCUCCACCCUUUCACCUCCAAAGACUGGCAUGGAGAGAAGAGAGAACGAGAGAGCAGGGAGGAAAAGAGGAGAGUGUUGGGAUCCCUCACUGAUGCCAGAGAGGUUAGAUGCGAAGUGAAGGGUCGUUUGUAUUAUAUGUAAUGUCUAGCACUUAAUCGUGGACGUCUGUUUUUGUUUUCUUUCGGUCAAAUCUUUGUCAACAUUCAUUUUCGAUUAUGCAAGCAGUGUAGUGUCAACUUCGGGGCGGCAGAGCGAUGAGGAGAACAAAGACUGAGGAGGUGCUCGAGAAGGAAGGCGAGAUCGAAGAACAAGGAGGCAAGCUAUUCUUUCCCCGCCCAGUCUUCCCUUUUUUCGGUCCACGGAGGUCCCUCUGACAUCCCUCUGGUGUCCCUCUGACGUCCGGAAGAUGGUCACAAGCCUAGAAACCGUAUUCUAACGCCACUCUGGCUCUUUAGCACUGAGAUGAAUCCAGCGUCCCAACCCUGGCCUGUCAGUCAUGCAAUAGGAAAGCUCCUGAUCUAUGGAAUAACCUGCCUGGCCCAACUGUCAGGACCCCCCUACCUGGACACUGUUCUCCUGCACGCAGGUCAUACGGCUUUCAUAUCCUGUACCGUCAAGAAACGUCUUCCUGGCCCCUUCCUUCUACUGGAAUGCUCUCCAACCAACCGUGCCCACAUAUGUCUAAUAGUCGCUGUUGGAAGGGAAAAAAUAAAUGCUGUUCCUGCGAUGGUUCUUCUUCGUUGUGGUCGACUCAUGGAAAACCAGAAACAAUCAACCAACCCAUCCGUUAUGUAGUAGUGCUAAUUAACGUAAAGAAAUGCUUCUUAACCGUUUUACUUACUGUGUGAGAUGAUGCAGAGUCAUGCUCCUUGGCUUCUCUGAAUGCAGAGGUUGCACAGAAGAAGUGUCAAAAAAAAAAAAAUGAAAAAGCAUCCAAAUCAUUCGCUUUUUACGCCGAUUGGUAAACGUGGCGAGGGAAGUUUUCGCCCGCCUUAAAAGUCGCAAAGUCCCAGAAAGGUUGGAAAAAAACAGAAGUGCCUACUCUCCGUUUUUUCCGUGUUCUUCGUUUUGGGAUCGCUUGGGGCGCGUCCCGAGUUUUGCGGAUUGCCUCUACGUUCCCAAUCCAGUCUAUUAGGGCCUCGAGCCAUUCCAUGCUUUCGUUCCAGCCGAGUACCUGAACCAGGUAAUCGACCAUUGUGUGUUUUACAUGUUCUGGAAUAGAUGAAAACUGUGGAUUGAUUGGGAAUAAUCCAAUGUAAUCUCCUUCUGCUGAAUCUUUAGUGAAUGAUUUAGGCACAGCGGGCCUCAUUCAUCAAUAUCUUCAUAGGUAAGUUCUUGAGAGGUUCUGAGAAAAAACGGUCAGAUUCGUAAAUUGCGCAGUUGUUCGUACCUUUGAGGUUGAGUGUCUGUAGCUUGUCUUCUUACCUAAACACACAUCCCGAAUGAGAAAACAUCGUCAGAAUCUACGUUUAAAAACUGCGUAAGUGGUCGGUGAAUGAGGUACGUUGUCCUGAAGUAUCCGCCCAAUGGCAAUACAUACAUUUCGAGUCCGGUUUUCUGUUCUGUACAGGCUUAAAAUGAUCCUCUGUGGCAUCCGACGGCUACAGACGCAGCAGAUGCAUGCAGGUUGGAAAACACUGGAAUAUUCCCGCAACGACUCGACUGGGAUCCUAAAGCAUAGUGUUUUCCGAGACCUUGGCUUGAAAUGUAUUAAUAACCUGCAACACAUUCUUGUGUGUGGAAGAGGGAAGUCCUUUAUAUCGUCUUGUUUUUAAGGAUGCAGUUUGUUGUUGAUAAUUUUAUGUGUAAAAAAAAAACAAAUGAAUUCUAUCGUUUUAUUUAAAAUUGGUUUUUAGUUAGUAACUUUAAGGGUUGCCAAUACAGUUUUAUGGUCAUUUAGGGAAUGUUGUUGAUGAUGCAUCGCAUUAAUUGAAGUCAUUUGUCUCUUUCGAUCCAGUUUAUUUUGUGGGAUAGAUUUGAUCUCCUGUUAACACUUCUGUGAACUGAAAAGUCAAAUAAAGCUGUGCUAUUCUGCUAUGAAUGGAA